AUGGAAUUCACUACAGAAGCGAUCUUGAAGCCUCUCCGCCAGCGCGGCUUUGUUCAGGGAACCAAGUACUCCAUCAAUGGCAUUCCCACGUGUCUUUCAUUUACAGGUGUUCGAUAUGCUUUGCCAUCAAAGCGAUGGACAAGAGCCAAGCCUCUCUCAUCGUCCUUCACUUACGGCACUAGAGAAAAUCCAGGUCAAUGUGCUUCCGUAUCGGCGGUGUGUCCCCAAAUGGAAUGGGACGGAACCUUUAAUGAAGCUUCAUGGAGUGAAGACUGCUUCCAAACCAACAUCUGGAUGCCCAACGAAGAUCCUCCGGAAGAGGGGUGGCCAGUUAUGGUUUUUCUCCACGGAGGAUGGCUUCAGUCAGGUACGCCAAACGAAUUUAAGCCAGCGUCUUUGAUUGGAGAAGGAGGCCUUAAGGCAGUGAUUGUCCUGCCUGCUUACCGACUUGGCGUAUUUGGAUUUCUAUAUUGCGCGCAACUUGAAGAGGAAGCCAACGCCAACUUAAAUUCUACGGGAAACCUUGGGUUUUGGGACCAGCGCUUAGCCCUGGAGUGGGUUUCUGAAAAUAUUUCCCUCUUCGGUGGUGACGCGAACAAUAUCACCCUCGCAGGUUACUCAGCCGGGGCUUACUCCGCUUUCCAUCAACUUGCAUAUGAACUCAAUACUCCCACUAGAUGCAUCAUUAAGCGUCUCUGCAUGUGGUCUAAUGGGCCUGGAGUCCAACCCAAGUCACCCAGCGAGGCGCAAGUGCAAUUUGAUCAAUUAGUUACGGCGCUGAAUAUUCCAAAUACCUUUUCGUCCACUGAAACUCUUGCCAAAUUGAGGAGUUUGUCCUCGAAGGAAAUUCUUCAAAGAGCACUCUCGAUUCCCGCCCAUCAAUUCCGGCCUACAACCGACGGCGCAUUUAUCACUCCAAAUGUUAUUACCAAUCUUGGAACCCUCGCACAAACUCUCGUCGAACGGAAAAUCCCUUUGAUGAUUGGAGAAUGUAGAGACGAGCACGUGUUGUACGAAAUGUGGAGGCCUCCAGCUAAGAAUACUUGGGAAGGACUGCGUGACCGUCUAAUAGCAGAAUACCCCGAGCACAUUGCCAAUGGCCUCAUGGAAAUUUACUUUCCAAAUAGGGAGCUUCCGUCCAAAUUUGAAGAUUGGAAGCAUGCUUUUGGGUUUCUUUAUGCCGAUAUGCAGGUACACAGGCUUGGAAGAGGUCUAGUGAAGACGGUAGCCCACCAUGGGGGUGAAGAGCUCCUAUACCGGUAUCGGAUUGAGUAUCGGAUGAAAUGCGUGGACUCCUUUCUGCCCGCGGAGCUAGGUGUGACUCAUGGUACAGAUCAGGCUAUUUGGUUUUGGGGUGGCGGGCGGGCGAUUCCCGAAGAAGAAAAGCUAGUAAUAAAGCGAGCGCUUGUUGGUCCGCUCCACGAUUUUGUCGCUGGUAAGCAUGUCGACUGGGGAACUUCUGACUGCAGAACUAUCCGAAAACUCACUAGCACGGGGGAAGUCGAGAUUUGGAAAGAUGCCCUCUGGGAAGAGCAUGAUCCUGUGUGGAAUUUA